GGAGCCAGCGGAAGGGAAGAAGGGAACGGCAGUGCUACCGUCGUACUCGGAGACGGACUGUUUCUACCCGGAACCUAGUUGCCUCUAGUUGCGUUACCGGGCGGGAACGGUGACGCGGCAGUAUUGGCGGUGCACGAGCUGGAAGGCAGGAGGCGAUCUGCUGCUGGAGCCGGGGCAGGACGCGGGUCGGGAGCGGCUGCGAGGACAUGGCGGAGACUAUUAUAAUUCGUGUCCAGUCACCAGAGGGAGUGAAACGUAUCACAGCAACAAAACGGGAAACUGCUGCAACGUUUCUGAAAAAGGUUGCAAAAGAAUUUGGCUUCAGAAAUAAUGGAUUUUCUGUGUACAUCAAUAGAAACAGGACUGGUGAGAUCACAUCAUCUCCCAAUAAGUCCCUCAACUUACUAAAAAUCAAACAUGGAGAUAUGCUCUUUCUCUUUCCCUCAAGUCCAGCUGGCUCUUCCUCUGAGAAUAUGGAUACGUCAGUGUCUCAAGCAAUGCGCCAUCUAGGCGUUCCCCAGGUGGUAGAAGAUGACAUUGACCAGUACCUAAUAAAACAAGAUGGGAAAAUUUACAGGAACAAAGACCAGCAACUAUGUCGGCAUGGCCCGUUGGGUAAAUGUGUUCACUGUGUACCAUUAGAGCCUUUUGAUGAGGAUUAUUUAAACCAUCUGGAACCUCCUGUGAAGCAUAUGUCAUUUCAUGCCUACAUCAGGAAACUGACCGGAGGCGCAGACAAGGGGAAGUUUGUUGCCCUUGAAAACAUUAGCUGCAAGAUCAAAUCUGGGUGUGAGGGACAUCCCCCAUGGCCAGAAGGCAUUUGUACAAAGUGCCAGCCAAGUGCCAUCACACUCAACAGGCAGAAAUACAGGCAUGUGGAUAACAUCAUGUUUGAGAACCAUACAAUUGCAGAUCGCUUCUUGGACUUCUGGAGAAAAACAGGAAACCAGCAUUUUGGAUACUUAUACGGGAGGUAUACAGAGCACAAGGACAUCCCUCUGGGUAUCCGAGCUGAGGUUGCUGCCAUCUAUGAACCUCCACAGAUUGGUACACAAAACAGUCUGGAACUUCUGGAAGACUCAAAGGCAGAGAUUGUGGAUGAGAUUGCUACCAAGCUUGGCCUGAGGAAGGUUGGCUGGAUAUUCACAGAUCUAGUCUCAGAGGAUACACGGAAGGGAACUGUCCGAUAUAGUCGCAACAAGGACGCUUAUUUCUUAAGUGCAGAAGAGUGCAUCACAGCUGGGCAUUUUCAGAAUCAGCAGCCAAACAUAUGCCGCCUGUCUCCAGAUGGUCAGUUUGGAUCCAAAUUUGUCACAGUUGUGGCUACAGGUGGUCCUGACAACCAAGUCCACUUUGAAGGCUACCAGGUAUCCAACCAAUGCAUGGCUCUAGUUCGCGAUGAGUGCUUGUUGCCAUGCCGUGAUGCUCCAGAGCUUGGCUAUGCAAAGGAAUCCAGCAGUGAACAAUAUGUGCCUGAUGUGUUCUAUAAGGAUAUAGACAAGUUUGGGAACGAGAUCACUCAACUAGCUCGCCCACUUCCUGUUGAGUACCUAAUCAUAGAUAUUACUACUACGUUCCCUAAAGAUCCAGUUUACACAUUUUCUAUUUCUCAAAAUCCAUUCCCUAUUGAGAAUCGUGAUGUGCUGGGAGAAACUCAGGACUUUCACAGUCUGGCUACAUAUUUGUCUCAGAACACUUCCUCUGUGUUCCUUGACAUCAUCUCCGAUUUCCAUCUGCUUCUCUUCUUGGUCACCAACGAAGUGAUGCCUUUAAGGGAUAGCAUCAGCUUGUUGCUGGAGGCAGUAAGGACCCGGAAUGAAGAGCUUGCACAGACUUGGAAGAAAUCUGAGCAAUGGGCUACCAUCGAACAGCUUUGCAGCACAGUGGGUGUCCAGCUGCCUGGACUCCAAGAAUAUGGUGCUAUGGGUGGCUCGACGCAUGCAGCAACCUCUUCCAUGUGGGCCUGUCAGCACUGCACCUUCAUGAACCAACCAGGCACAGAUCACUGCGAGAUGUGUAGCCUCCCACGUAGCUAGGCCCCAUUUGGCUUAGCAUUCAGGGCGGCCAUUACAGACCAACUGGCAGAAAUACAGAGGCAGACCCUUAGCCAGCCGGGACUGUUCUUCCUUCUGGGAUGAUGCACCAUGAGGGUUGGGGCAGGAGGGGUGGGGGGAGUGACCCAUAUCAUGGGCACUCAGUGCCAUUCAGCAGGUGACAGCUUGCAGAUGGAACUGGAUAUUCAGUGGGAGAAUAUGGCACAGCCCCUCUGCCCAGUGCUGCUGCCUUGUCUUUUCUUUGCUCUCAGUAUUGUAGAAAGCCAGCCAGAGGUCAUGUUUCCCUUGAGCUGCAGUCACACAGGUGGCUCAUCAGCUCUGUGGGCACAUGGCAAUGUGGCCAUGCCCCCCUUUUAGCUUGCAUGCCACAAGCUUUCCCCAGCCUUAAGCCAGUCAGCGAGGCUAGGCAGCAGUGUUGAAGGGAUGACUUGGUUCCCUGGGCUAGCUUGCCUAAUAUUACUCUCUUGACAUGCUUUGCAUUUAGCCCCAGAGCCGCUGGGUCAUUGGUGCCUGAGUCACUUCAGUCCAGCCUCUUAAUUGCAGCUUCCAAACUGAGUGGCCUGAAAUGACAGAACAUACAGUGGCUUUAGUUUGGGGCUUAGCCUGGGGCUCUAUCUUGCCACUAGAGAGAAGAGAAAGCAUCCUUCUCAACAUGGUGGAGUGUCAACAGUUGGCUGUUGACCUACUUCUUGUCCUGCUCAGCCACAAUGACAGCAAAGAGAUAGAUCACCAACUGUCUCCUGGUGCUUCUCAUCUAGGGCUGGGCAACAGAAGAUCAUUCUUGCCCAAAUCAGGCAGUGGGGACCAGCUGGCUUCCUGAACUGGAAGCAGGCAGUAAUUUGGCAGCAUCGUUCUGGCUGUUUCAGGGUUGGACAGGCAGUUCACAAGCAGUUACUUGCCCCAGAUUUCCAUAUGCCAUCAUCCCUUUACAUUUAAAGCUGUUUCCUGGUACCUGUAGCUGUGAGCAGGCAAAGCUUGCAAGUACUUCCUCUUGCCUAUCAGUGACUUAAAUAGCAUCCCAGCAGGGAAAGCUAAAUGGGACAUUUGUGGCAUCUUGGAAUAAGCUUUUUCUUACUCCACCAUCAGCCAGGCAUAUUGCACUGCAAACUCUUGCCUCAAGAACACUAACCUACCUACUGUUCCCAUAACCACAUCUUAGAAGUACCCUCAGGCUCCUCCUUUCUUCGGAUGAGUGAGCUCCUCCAUCGCCAGCUGUCCAGAAAUGUGCUUUCGUUAUCCAAAACAUUUCCAGCAACUCUGCCAGCAGUGUUACGUUAGGGCACAUUUGGUUCCUCUUCUAGUGGUAUUUCUGCACUCAACUAGCCUGCUCAUUACCCAGGCAUAUAUCCAUCAAUUUCACUGUAGAGAAACAAGGCACUCAUCUGUUGGGUUAUGUGGACAGAGGGCAUCCCGUUUCAGACCUUAUACCAUUGUAUCUUUUUAGAUGCUCACCACAGCAACAUAUGCCUCCACCCCACCUACCGGUUUUCAUCAUGGGUCUGUAGGCCUGGCUCCCAGACAGCUGCCAUGAGUGAUGUGGUCUCUGCCUUUUCAUGGCAGGAAGUAUCCUGGGCUUUGUCUGUCGAGUGUUUGAAUCACCAUUUCAUCUGGCCCUUGUAACUGCUGAAAGGACAUACAACUCUCUUCUUUUCCUGGGUUUGUGUUUUGACUAAAUUCCUUGACCUCACUGGGCUGUAGCUGCUCUUGCUAUUCCUCUUCAUUCUAUUGGUUGCAGAGGUGUUUGGUUUGGACUGGAGUUGACUGAAUAACAGCCCUGCAAAUAAAAAUAUAUUAAAAGCA